AUGUCUAACGGCCCAAUCCCUCAGCAUGUUCUCAUAAUUGGAGCUGGCGUCUUCGGACUGUCCACUGCGUUAUCGAUCCUCCACAAGCCAGAAUACAAGGCGACUCGCCUGACGAUUGUCGAUGCUUCGCCGUCGCUGCCGAACCCCGAGGGCUCGUCCGUGGACGCCAGCCGGAUCGUGCGCGCCGACUAUGCCUACCGACAUUACUCGAGGCUAGCGCUGGAGGCGCAAGAGCUGUGGCGCGACAAGACGCCAGAAGGAUGGGGCGGGGAAGGCAGAUACUAUGAGCCCGGGUUCGUUCUGACGGCAGAUGAAGAAGAAGGCGGCCGGUACGUCAAGGAGUCACUGGCGACGGUCCGGGAACUGGCGGCAGAGGACGAGAAGGACAACCAGGGCCGCCGACGCUGGUACGUGGACACGGACAAGAUCAAGGAACUGCGAAAUCCAGACGAGAUCCGAGCCGCGACGGGCUACGACCAAGUCAGCGGGGAUUACGGAUAUGCCAACUUCAACUCUGGUUGGGCGGAUGCCGAGAAAUGCGUCGCAUACGCUUUGAGGCGAUUGCGCCAGGAGGGCGGCGACCGAGUCACACUGCGCAGCGGUGCACAUGUCGCCAGGCUCCUCGUGGAACCCAGCACGGAGAAAUGCACCGGUGUCGAGUUGGUCGGUGGCGAGCAGAUACACGCAGACCUGACGAUCCUGGCCGCAGGAGCUUGGAGUCCGACUUUGAUCGAUUUGCAAGGUCGUUGUUUGGCGACCGGUCAGGCGAUCGCAUAUGUCAACAUCACCGAUGAAGAGGUGAAGGCCAUGCAAGACAGGCCGACCAUCAUGAACCUGAGUCGGGGCAUGUUCAUCAUCCCCCCACGAACAAAGGAGUUGAAGAUCGCAAGACACGGCUUCGGGUACAUUAACCCCGUCAAAAUCCCCCGGAAGAAGCUCGAUCCGGGAUUCCUCAACAAUGACCUCGAAUGUUCUGAGGAAGGCGGAGUUGUCGAAGUGAGCGUUCCCAAGGUUGGAACGCCAAUCCCCCUCGAGGGACAGAAGGCGUUGCGCGAAGCUCUGCGAGGCUUGGUGCCGCACAUGGCGGAGCGUCCGUUUUCGAGGACAAGAAUAUGUUGGUACUGCGACACUCCAACCGGCGACUUUCUCAUUACGUUCCACCCGCGGUACAAAGGUCUGUUCAUCGCCACAGGAGGCAGCGGCCACGGUUUCAAGUUCUUCCCCGUGAUCGGUGAUAAAAUCGUCGAUGCCAUACAAGGGACACUGGACCCCGAGUUAGCCAAAGAAUGGCGCUGGAGAACUGACGCCGAGGUGGCGGCGACCGGUGUUGUCCAAGACUUUAUCGGCUGUGAGGACGGUAGUCGGGCUGGACCCAAAGGCAUGAUUCUCGAGCAAGAGCUGGCCAGAAAGGACAUCAAACCAUCGCUACGCCGUGACUCGAAGCUAUAA